UUGUCGUACAGUGUCUUUUCCCCGGAGCCCUGACUACUACCGACCGGAGCGCUGCGGCCCGAGUCUGACGGAGUUCCUCACGGCCGGGGCGUCCGCGUACACGGCUCUGAGCACCGGCAUAAAAUGUUACCUUUAUCUAUCAAAGAUGACGAAUACAAGCCUCCCAAAUUUAACCUCCUCGUCAAGAUCUCGGGGUGGUUUCGGUCCAUUCUGUCGGACAAAACGUCCCGAAACCUGUUCUUCUUCCUCUGUCUGAACCUGUCCUUCGCCUUUGUGGAGCUCCUCUACGGCCUCUGGAGUAACAGUUUAGGCCUUAUAUCGGACUCCUUCCACAUGUUCUUCGAUUGCACAGCGCUUCUGGCAGGCCUGGCAGCCUCAGUCAUUUCCCGAUGGAGAUCCAAUGACUCCUUCUCCUACGGGUAUGUGAGAGCAGAAGUUCUGGCUGGCUUUGUCAAUGGCCUCUUCCUCAUCUUCACUGCCUUUUUUAUCUUCUCUGAGGGAGUAGAGAGGGCCCUGGAGCCCCCAGACGUGCACCAUGAGCGUCUGCUGCCUGUCUCCAUUGGUGGGUUGCUGGUCAACCUUGUAGGCAUCUUUGUCUUUCAACACGGGGGUCACGGGCACUCACAUGGGGGUGAUGACGGCCACGGUCACAGUCACUCCCUGUUCAAUGGUUCUGUGAGUCAUGGCCACAGCCAUGGCCAUGGAGGUUUUGGCCACAGCCAUGACUCCAAACAUGGGCAUGGACAUGGGCACGGACAUGGACACAGCCAUGGAGGGCAUGGGGGACACAGCCAUGGAGGGCAUGAGGAUCACAGCCAUGGAGUGCAUGAGGGUCACAGCCAUGGACAUGGGCACACACACGAAGAGCACUGUCACGAUGAUCACUCUCAUACUCCAGGAAAAGGCUCCAGCAAACAGAUACUACAAGGUGUUUUCCUACACAUCGUAGCAGACACGCUGGGUAGCAUCGGUGUCAUCAUUUCUGCUAUCCUGAUGCAAAAGUAUGACCUAAUGAUUGCCGAUCCCAUCUGCUCCAUGUUGAUCGCGCUUCUCAUUGGUGUCAGUGUGGUCCCCUUGCUGAAGGAGUCUAUUGGGAUUCUCAUGCAGCGCACCCCUCCAUCUCUAGAUCACGUCCUCCCAGAGUGCUACCAGCGGGUCCAGCAGCUGCAAGGUGUGUAUAAUCUUCAGGAACCUCACUUCUGGACUCUGUGCACAGAUGUCUACGUUGGCACCAUCAAAUUGCUGGUGGCCCCCGAUGCUGAUGGCCGCUGGAUUCUAAGCCAAACGCACAACAUCUUCACACAGGCCGGAGUCAGGCAGCUGUAUGUUCAGAUCGACGUUGCGGCCAUGUAGUGUCAAGAGUGUUCUUCCCCGCCCUGUCUCUCUAUCCCUUCCUCUCACUCUCUCUUUCGGGACUCCUGGGACCAAAGCCGUUUGUGCUGCUGUGAAGAGCAUCUCCAUCUUAAACCGCGUUCUGGAUUUUUGAAGUCUCCAUCCAAUAACCAGGGACCAAGAUGGAACCAUGUACACCCAGCUCUUUCCAGGAAAUUUA